AUGUUAUUUCAAUUAAUUCUUAUCUUAUUUCAAAUUCAUAUAUCUAUUUCAACAAUAUCUCUUAUAAAAUAUGACAAUACUCAAUUUAUUUCAAGUCAAAAUUCAUAUUUGCUGAAUAAUUUCCAUGUUCAAUCUCAGAAUGAAUGUAUUUGUCUUUGUUAUACUAACCAAAGUUGUAUAACAUUGACUUAUUUUGGAAUAAAUCAAACUUGUUUAUUAUAUUCAUCACAACUUCAAAUAGAAUAUUUACAAUUGACUUCAUAUACAAUAAAUUCUGCUGUUAUUUCUUUUCCAAAUCGAAUUUCAAGUAACUAUUCAACAACACAAACAACUUCAACUUCAAGUUCAACAACCUCAAGUUUGGCGACCUCAAGUUCAUCAACUUCAACUUCGAGUUCAUCAACUUCAACUUCAAGUACAUCAACUUCAACUUCAAGUACAUCAACUACUACAACAACAACAAAUGCCUAUUGUGGAUAUUCAUGUAUUAAUACAACAGUAUCAAGAUUAUCUUCUGUUGCAUUUUAUUCAUUCGAUAAUAAUACAUUUGAUAGUAUUGGUAAUUAUUCAAUGAAUGCAACAUUUUCAUCAAGUUAUGUACCUGGAUGGAUUGGUUCAGCUAUUAAUUUCACAUAUAAUAAUUCACAAUUUCUUUCAAGUCGAACACAUAUUCCAUUAGAUUCACGUUCAUUUACAAUUGAUUUUUGGUUUUAUGUAACUGAUCUAACAAGUUUUAAAGAUCUUGGUUUUGGUGGUGAAUGUCAGUUGUCAACAAAUGAUCAAUGUUUAUUUCUUAAUAUUCGUACUAAACUUCUUCGUAUAGUAUUUUUUGCUGAUGAUACAAUUGGCACAACAAGUUUAGUCAUAAAUCAAUGGUAUCAUGGAACAUUUGUUUAUGAUUCAACAAUAAAACAACAAUUGAUUUAUUUAAAUGGUUUAUUAGAUAAAAGUGCAACAGUUACACAUGAUUUUUUAGGAACAACAGGAUUAUUUACAAUUGGCGGUGGAUAUAUUGGUGGAGAUUCAGCCCCAAUUGUUUAUUAUUCAGGUUAUAUUGAUCAAUUUGGAAUAAGUUAUCGAGUUAAAACACCAUGUGAAAUCUAUUUAAAUGCAAUACUUUUUUGUUAUUUUCGAUUUGAUUCAAUAUUACUUGUAAUUGAUUCUGGACCAAAUUUAAUUACUGCAACUAAUUAUAAUGGAAUGCAAACAACUGGACGAGUAAAUCAAGGUAUACAAUUUUCAUCUUCAUUAUCUUAUAUAGCUAUUAAUGGAAUUAAUAUUUUAAAUUCAUUAAAUAAUCCAUUUACAAUAUCAAUGUGGAUUAAUCCAUUGAAUACGACCAGUGGUGGAACACUUAUUCACACAUCAACACUAUCUAAUGGUUUAGGCACUUGUUUUGCAUUGUGGGGUUUUUCAUCAAAUGGUUCAUUUAUUGCGAAUUUUAUUAAUUCCUCAAAUAGUAUAACUCCAAUAAUAAUCUCAACACCAUUUCCAUUAAAUCAAUGGAUACAUAUUGCUCAAAUAUUCAAUUUAACAAGUGGAACUUCUUCUUUAUAUAUCAAUGGAAAUCUUGUAUCAAAUAUAUUAGUAUCAACACGUCAAGCAAUUGGAUCAUAUGUUUUUGUUGGAUCAUCACCAACAAAUACAAGUUCUUGUAAAUCAAGAAUAAUUUCGAAGGGACAAUUUUUUGGUAUAAUUGAUGAAUUUUAUGUUUUUUCACGAGCAUUAACAUCAACUGAUAUUUGUCGUUUAGCAAAUCCUUAA